AUGGGCUUACAUUUCAAGUGGCCAUUAGGGGCUCGUAUGCUGGCAGCACUAUAUGCAAUGAGUAUGGUUUUAAAAAUGCUGCCUGCCUUGGGCAUGGCUUGUCCACCAAAAUGUCGCUGUGAGAAGCUGCUCUUUUACUGUGACUCUCAGGGGUUUCACUCAGUGCCAAACACCACUGAAAAGGGCUCGCUAGGUUUGUCACUGAGGCACAAUUAUAUUUCUGAACUUGAAAGGGAUCAAUUUGCAAGCUUCAGUCAACUUACUUGGCUUCACUUAGAUCAUAAUCAAAUUGCAACAGUCAGAGAAGAUUCUUUUCAAGGACUGUAUAAACUUAAGGAAUUAGUCUUAAGUUCCAACAAAAUCUUUCAUUUGCCAAACACAACUUUUAGCCAGCUGCUUAACCUGCAGAAUUUGGACCUCUCUUUUAAUCAGUUAUCCUCUCUGCACCCCGAGCUCUUCUACGGCCUUCGCAAGCUACAGACCUUGCACUUGCGUUCCAACUCCCUGCGGACCAUCCCGGUCCGCCUGUUCUGGGACUGUCGUAGCCUGGAGUUCCUGGAUUUGAGCACAAACCGCUUGCGAAGUUUGGCUCGCAACGGAUUUGCGGGAUUAAUCAAGCUGAGGGAGCUUCACCUAGAGCACAACCAGCUGACAAAGAUUAAUUUUGCUCACUUCCUCCGGCUGAGCAGCCUGCACACGCUCUUCUUGCAGUGGAACAAAAUCAGCAACUUGACAUGUGGGAUGGAGUGGACCUGGGGCACCUUAGAAAAGCUCGAUUUGACUGGAAACGAAAUCAAAGCCAUCGACCUAACCGUCUUUGAAACUAUGCCUAACCUUAAAACCCUCCUAAUGGAUAACAACAAGCUCACCACUCUGGAUUCCAAGAUCCUAAGUUCGCUGACAUCCCUCACCACCGUGGGCCUCUCCGGCAAUCUGUGGGAAUGCAGCUCAAAGAUCUGCGCCUUGGCCACAUGGUUGAGUGGCUUCCAAGGUCGGUGGGAGCACUCCAUCCUCUGCCACAGCCCUGACCACACCCAGGGAGAGGAUAUUCUGGACGCAGUGUAUGGUUUUCAGCUUUGCUGGAAUUUAUCGACUGUUGUCACGCCCGUGGCUACGACGUACGCCGUUCCGACUACCGAGUACACGAAAAGAAUAAGCUCUUCUCAUUUCCAUAUGGGAGACAAAGAGAUUCCAACUACGGCAGGCAUGGUCGUUACCACCGAAGAACAUUUCCCCGAGCCAAACAAUGCCAUCUUCACUCAGAGGGUAAUUACAGGAACAAUGGCUUUAUUGUUUUCUUUCUUUUUUAUCAUUUUUAUAGUGUUCAUCUCCAGGAAGUGCUGCCCUCCCACAUUAAGAAGAAUUAGGCAGUGCUCAAUGAUUCAAAACCACAGGCAGCUCCGAUCCCAAACACGGCUGCAUAUGGCAAAUAUGUCAGACCAAGGACCCUAUAAUGAAUACGAACCCACCCACGAAGGACCCUUCAUCAUCAUUAAUGGCUACGGACAGUGCAAGUGUCAGCAGCUGCCGUAUAAAGAAUGUGAAGUAUAA